GGUCUAAAAAAAACUUAUGGAAGUUUACCACUGGGCAUCCACAUAUGUGUGGUUAUUAAGUGUUUAGCAAUGGCAUUGUAAAUUGUGCACUCAUAACGCAGCCGAAACCAACCGAACACCAUUGUAUUUCGCAGUUUUCUACGUUCUUGGAAGCUAUCAUCUGUUAAAACUAUGAUUUGCACGACCAACAAAUGUGAACUGUUGACUUAGAGAACCCGAACCGAUUGCUGAUUAUAAGGAGACGUCUGCGAUAAUUUACUUAAAAGAAGUCCGCACAUUUACAAAAAUGCGAAAGAAUACUAUUUGGAACUAUUCUUUCAUAUUCAUAUGCUGUGUGCUGAAGAGCAUAAGUUCGCAAGAUCAUGGGACACACACAGUUUCGGUCGUUUCGAAUCGAUAUAACACGCAACAUCAGUAUAAGCAAAAUCCCAAUGUGGCCUCGCGUCACUCAUCCCAUGAGGCUGGUCACAAUUCCCAGCCGGAACAUGUGACCCAUAUCGCGGCAUCGCAUGCCGGAAGCGGAGGAGAGCACUCCACUCACCUUGAGCAAAAUCUGCAUAGGAGCUCAUACAAUCUCCUAAGCGAGGCUAUGUCCCAGGCUGUCAGUAAUGAAUUUAGUUCCAUGGGUAGCGGUUCGGCAGAUGGGGCAUGUGCUGCUGACGAUUUUGACUGCUAUAGUGGAAGUGUUCAGGAUCGUUUCGGCAUGGAGGCUAUUGCAAGCUUACAUCGCCAACUGGAUGAUGAUGAUAAUGGAAACAUCGAUUUGAGCGAAUCCGAUGACUUUUUACGGGAGGAAUUGAAGUACGACUCAGGUUAUGAAAAACGGCAGAAAGCAUUUCACUUCAAUGACGAUAUGCAUAUAUCGGUCAAAGAACUGUGGGAGGCUUGGCUGAGAUCAGAGGUGCAUAAUUGGACCAUCGAACAGACCACAGAUUGGUUGGCACAAUCUGUUCAGCUGCCCCAAUAUGUUGAUCUGUUUAAAUUACAUAAGGUUACUGGAGCUGCUUUGCCAAGGUUGGCUGUGAAUAAUCUUCAGUAUGUGGGCAAUGUACUUGGAAUCAAAGACCCUAUACAUAAGCAAAAAAUCUCAUUAAAGGCAAUGGACGUUGUACUUUUUGGACCACCGAGAGAAACUGGCACCCGUUGGAAGGACUACAUAUUGGUUACCUUGUUGCUAAGCGCUAUUAUUGGAUGUUGGUACGCCUACCAGCAAAAUAAGAAUGCCAAACGCCAUCUGCGCCGCAUGGCCCAAGAUAUGGAAGGAUUGCAGAGAGCUGAACAAAGUCUACAGGAGAUGCAGAAGGAACUAGAAAGAGCCAGAAUGGAGCAGGAAAAUGUGGCAACUGAGAAAAUGGAUUUGGAGCGGCGUCUCAAAGAGGCCCCCACACUCAGUUCUUCAAACUCGGAUUUGGAAGUGCAGCAGCUUAAAAAGGAGAUCGAGAUGUUGCGCAAUGAGUUGUCUCGUGCCGAAUUCGAGUUAGUUGACAACUGCUGGGCACCACCACCUCAGCUUCAAUCGUGGCUGCAAUACACCUAUGAACUAGAGAGUAAGAAUCAUCAGAAGAAACGCACAUCGGCUGAGAAGCAACUUCAGUCGGCCAGAGAGGCUUGCGAGAAAUUGCGGAAGAAGCGAUCAAGUUUGGUGGGAGCGUUCGUUUCCACCCACGGCAAGAGUAUUGAUGAUGUCGAUCGAUCCAUUGUUGAGGCACGAAAUGCCCUUGGAGAUGUGACAAAUGAGUUGCAAGAACGGCUUCAUCGCUGGAAGCAAAUCGAGACGUGCCUUGGCUUAAACAUUGUUAAUAACAAUGGACUGUCGUACUUGGAGAAUGUUCUAUAUGGCCGAAAUGGAGGCUUACAAAGUUCCAUGGGCGUGAGCUCAACAAAGGGGUCUAGAACACGUAUUACCAACAGCACCGAAGACUUGGACGAUGAGUCUAUACAAGGUAAGAUGAAUUUUGAGAACUUUUCGCUGCUUGCCACGGAAUAAGGCUUGUGCGCUCAGUCUGUGAGGACAAUAAAACCCAGCUCUUCAGUAAAAAGCAUACUACUUGACGAACUAAAUAAAACAUAAAACCGCUUAUUGAACCCUGAAUGAAAUCUGUUUUACAUUAAGAUGCUGUAUUAAUGAAGGUCAUAUAACAUUAUGUGUGUAUGAUAUUUUAAUCUUUAUAUUUGUAAUAUAUCCAUUUUAUUUUUGAUGUAUA